ACGGACGUGUGUGGAAUGUGCUCCGCCGGAGCGGUAUCAGCGGCCCAGUCGGGCCGCGGAAACAGGUUUUUUGCUGAUGAAGCCCUGGACUAUCAAGUUAUUUUGCCGUCGCUGCCAACAGGUGCGUCUGUAGCGAAUACUGUUUUUCUUCACGGGGAUUUGAAAGCCAGGCCUUACCGUGUAGAAGACUUUCGGGACACGUUGGUUCAUCUCGGAGUGCUUCCUGAAGUGAUAGCUUUGGGGGCGUUCCAGAUGAACCAUGUUUGGGCCGUCACUUUUAAAAGUGCAGAAGCUACGAAGAAGAUGGUAGGAAUUGGGGAAGUUCUGGUCAAGGAGAAACGGUGCCUUGUGGUUGACCCCGAAAAUCAAGAAGUGCGCAUCAAGCUUUACUGGGUGCUACAUAAUGUUCCGGACGAAGAAGUGCGCUCUGCUCUAGCACCGUACGGGAAAACAAGUGAUAUCUACAAGGAGCGCUGGCGAGUGCACGGAAUAGCUGACAAAGGCUCGUCUACGCGCACGGUUGGUCUAAAGCUCAAGCCUGGUGUAACUCUAGAAGAUUUACCCCAUCAGUUGCGGGUUGCAGGAAUCAUGGCUCUACUCGUUGCGCCGGGACGCCCACCGCUAUGCUUGAGGUGCCAUGCCACAGGCCAUAUCAGGCGCGACUGUCGGGUACCGCGUUGUGCCAAAUGUCGGCGAUAUGGCCACGAUGAAAGCGUCUGCGUGCGAACCUACGCAAACGUGGCCGGAGUCAAAGCAAGCGAUGAACUGUCGACGGAACAUCUAAUGGACGAGGCAGACGCGGCCGAAACUACCCCCGAGGCAGACAGCUCGCGAACUAUUGGUGCAGCAAACGUGUCACAUGUGAAGCAAAAGGCUGCAGUCAUUAUUGCGGAAGACACAGCCAUCGCUUCAACAGAGGCUGUAGAGACACUGGCGAUGGGCGCUCCAACGAGCCAACACAUUGCACCUGACGCGAGUGUCGAGCAGAGCCCUGAGACAACGGACGUCAUUAUGGCAAGUACCAGCAGCCCUGCACCAAAACGACUCCAUGAGGAUGGCAAGGAAGGGCACAAGACCGACCAGAACGCAACGGAUGAGCCGCCUGUGAAAACGACACCCCAUCGAAGGACUACAUUUAAACCCGCACCGAAAAUACCGCUCGAGCCACGGCCCGAGCGGAAACCGCCGGCCCCGCCGGCGACGUGACAAGGUGUCGAGCCUUCUUUUUUCCAACCGGACACUAUCAGCGGAAGGGACCGGAAAGACAGUGUGUUGACGUCGUCACGGCGAGAUCUAAAUUCUAAUCAAAAUGGCUGGAACGACUAGGAUUUUCUAUAAAAAUGUGAGUGUUUUGCCGUCUUGUGAUAAGCAAGGGAUACUAUGCGGUUUGUGUUUAUAAAAACAAAAAUGGCUGUUACUUUCCGAACGCCUCUUUAUGUAGGCACUCUUAACGUGCGGGGCCUGUCGACACGGAGAAAGCAAUACCAACUGAGUCGACUUUUUAUGGAAAAUGACUUGGACGUAAUUGCCAUACAGGAAACGAAGAUCGAAAGUCAGGAAGGAACAAACCGCAUGGUUGAACCUUUUAGGGCGUACUACAAUGUAUGCGUUGCGCAUGCAGUAGGUACAGCCGGUGGUUGUGCGCUGUUUCUGAAGCACACCACAGGCAUAUCUGUAGAUAGUGUGUACGCGUGUGACACUGGACGACUUAUUGUAUGCGACAUAACGUUGCAAGCCCAGAAGGUCCGAAUAGUUUGUUUACAUGCUCCAAAUGCAUCCAGUGAGCGCCGAUUGUUUUUCGAAAGUGUUGAACAUUAUCUGAAUUGUGACAGAGCAAUUAUAAUGAUGGGGGACUUUAAUUGCGUAACCAGAGUAGAAGACAGGACAAGAGAUGCACCGAUACGAGAUGCGAGUGUGUCGGUACUAAAUGCGCUGACUGAAGGUCACCUGUUAGAAGAUGUAGGGUGCUUCCUGUCAAAUGGCACAUUGCCUCGGUUUACCCACUACCAGGGGGACAGCCACGCUAGAUUAGAUCGUAUUUAUGUUUCGGCAGAUUUGGCACCGGUCUGCAAUAAGUAUGACGUUAAAAACGUUUUCUUUAGCGACCAUAGUUUGGUUGUGUGUGCGCUAGGUCCGAGGAAACCGGCGAAAUUUAACUGGCAGCUGUGGAAAUUCAAUGUUAAACUCCUCAAUGAUGAGGUAUAUAUGAAGGAAACAAAAGGAAAAAUUGGAGACCUACUAGCACAUGAACCGGAGUGUUAUGCGGAGGCAUGGGAACAUUUUAAGGAAAACGCAAAAAUCUCAGCCAUCGAAAGAGCCGGGGCAUUGCGGAGGAAGCAAAACAAAGAAGAAACUGAGCUCCAAAGCCAGCUUGAUUUUUAUUUAAAUGCAGAAGCUACAGCUCCGGGUAACUUUGCCAGAGAAAUUAAAGAAAUUAAAAACAAACUAGAAAUUAUUAAUACAGAAAAGUACAGGGGUGCAGUUGUACGAGCACGUGCGGAAAAAAUGUAUAUGGGUGAAACCCCCACCAAACGCGCUCUAUCAGAUGAAAAAAGCUAUGCGUCGCGCAACGA